CCCCACAACAUGACGACUUUUUUUUUUUAAUUUUUUGAUUGCCAUCUGAAGGAUAUGAUAGAUGACCAUUACUAACUACUUCAAUAAACCAAGAUCAAGGUACCCUUUGGCCUUAAAAGAUCCUGUAAAUGCCUGAGCAGAAUAGUUCUUAGCAAUUAGCAUAAACCGUAGAUUCUCUUUCACUUGUCAAUCUUAAACUUCAAUAAUCCAAGCAAAGCAAGCUACAGGAUAACGAUCCUUUUCAUGUGUUCUCUAACACAGAACUACCUUCCUCUCAUAGACUUCACUAAGAAAAACUUAGAUCCAAGUUCUAGUUUUUGGCCAUCUACAAGGCAAGCUGUUGUACGUGCGCUAGAAGACUAUGGCUGUUUUAUAGCCCUUUAUGAUGAAGUCACUUUGGAACUUAAUGAAGCUAUUUUCCGUGCAUCUGAGGAGUUGUUUGAUCUCCCAACCGAAAUCAAAGUCCUAAACACUUCUAAUACACCUUCACACGGCUAUGUUGGACAAGAGCCUAUUAUUCCUCUCUAUGAAGGUUUAGGCAUUGAAAAUGCCACUACUCUUGAUGGAGUUCAAAAGUUCACCAAUCUAUUGUGGCCCAAUGGAAAUCGUAGUUUCAGUGAAACUGCAUUCUCGUACUCGAAGAUUGUGGCUGAAUUAGAUCAAAUUGUGAUGAGAAUGGUGUCAGAGGCUUAUGGUAUAGAGAAGAAUUAUGAAAGUCUCCUUGGGUCGAUGUCCUACCUUCUUAGGUUAAUCAAGUACCGAAGACCGCAUGAAAAUGAAAGGAAUUUGGGAAUUGUCCCUCACACAGACAAGAGCUUCAUGUCCAUUCUUCAACAAGAUCAAGUAAAAGGUCUUGAGAUCAAAACUAAGGAUGGCGAGUGGAUGGUUAUUGAUCCAUCUCCGUUCUCUUUCAUCGUCAUGGCUGGUGAUGUAUGCAUGGCAUGGACUAAUGGCAGGAUUGAACCUCCACACCAUCGGGUUAUAAUGACCGAAAAUGCAGAAAGGUAUUCACUCGGCCUAUUUACAUUCAUCAGAGACUUGAUUGUUCAUGUACCAGAAGAACUAGUUGAUGAUGAGCAUCCGCUGCAGUUUAAGCCAUUCGAUCACUACAAGUAUAUUGACUAUUACUACACUGAUGAGGGCAAGCGAUCAAAAUGUCCCAUAAGAGACUACUGUGGUGUUUAAGUUGUCAGCCCUAGGCCUAAGUUGAUGAAAAUCUGAUGGUACUGAGGAAUGAACUUAAAGGCGAAGAGGAAGGCUAUGUGCUGGCAAAUUUAGAUAAAGAAGAAAUAAAGAUUUAGAAAAUGAAUAACUCUUCCAUUUAAGAGUUUGUGUUAUAUGUGGAGUCAACCUCUUAAGUGUACGUUUAAUAUCUAAAAUCAUGAAACAGUCAGUCCCUUAAAUACAUGCAUCAUAGCCAGUCAUGUUUGGGUCCUAUCUUUACUUCUUGCUGAAGUGAAAUAGGAAGGCUGAACUUGUUUCAUGAUCUCCACUUUGCAAAUCCAAUAUCCUUUUGCCAUUUGCGAGCUGAAUACAAUACCAGCUUUUCUGUUAUUUCA